AAAACGUUUAAAUCCAUUUGAAAAAUAUCUAAAUAAUAAUAAUGAUAAUAAUAAAAUGAUGACACUGAAACGAUGGUCACAAACAUCAACAAAAUCACCAUUUGCUCGAUUAACACAACGACGACAAUCAUAUGAAAAUGAAAAUGAAAAUAAUAAUCAACAAACGAUAACAAACGGUCAACAACAACAUGAAAAAACAAAAUCAAAUCAUGAUUAUUUAAUGAAUGAUAAUGUUGAUAAUAAUAACAUUAAUAAUAAUAAUAAUAAUGAUAAUUAUUUAGCCAAUUCGAAUGAAUGUGCUGUUAUAUUGAAACGAUUUGAUACAAAUGAUAAAACAUCACCAUCAUCAUAUGGUGGUUUAUCAUAUAAAGCAAUGAUGGAAGCAUUACGUGGAAGUUCCCAAGAGUUUAAUGAUGAAGAGUCACAAAAUCAAUUAUGUAUCACUUAUGAUGAUGUUAAUGUUGCUGUGGAAAAAGCAAUGAGAAUACGACGAUAUAUACGUCCAAAUGAUAUUGAUAAUUUGGAACCACCACCCGAACAGAUUGCUGAAACAGCUGAAGUUAUACAGGAAGCGACCAAAAUAUUGUCACAUAGAUUCGAACUAUCAUAUGAUGAAAUAUUAAAUGCAUUACCAUUGAUCGAUAUGUCACGUACAAUAUUUUGGCCACAUUGUCCGGGGCAUGUUAAACCAAUAAAAUGUCGUAUGGAACGUUUCCGUACAUAUACUGGUCAUUGUAAUAAUAUUGAAAAUCCAUCAUGGGGUGCAGCUAAUACGGCAUUUGUACGUUAUCUUCCACCUGUUUAUUCAAAUGGCAUCGAUGGUUAUCGUAAAUCCGUAAUAAAAGGACGUAAAUUACCUCAUCCAAGAUUAGUCACUCGUAUGGUACAUGCAGAUUUUGAUCGUCCAUCAACAGAUAUGACCAUUUUAGUUAUGUCUUGGGGACAAUUUCUUGAUCAUGAUCUUGCAUUAGCUAUGCCACCAAGAUUUUUCAUCGAUGGCCAUGAAGUUGAAGUUGAUUGUUGUAGGUUACCACCUGGACAACCAGCACAUGAAUUAUGUGAACCAGUACAGAUACCACCAAAUGAUCCUGUUUAUGGACCAAUGGGAAGAAAAUGUCAUGAUUUCAAACGAUCCAUUGCUGGCCAUCGCCCGAAUUGUGCAUUAGGACCACGUGUACAUGUGAAUAUUCUAACAUCACCGAUUGAUGCAAAUUUUGUAUAUGGAUCAACACGUGCUGCUGCCGAACGAUUACGAACAUUUCGUGGUGGUCUUAUGCGUACAUGGAAUAUAUUCGAUAAGGAAGGUAUGAAACCUUUAUUACCGGCCGAAGAUAAAAAUCCCGAUCUUGAAUGUAUAAAUCGUCCAAGAAAUCUAUUCUGUUUUAUUGCCGGUGAUAUUCGUGUUAAUGAACAGAUACAUUUGACUGUAUUACAUACAUUGUAUGUUCGUGAUCAUAAUCGUAUGGCAAUCGAAUUGGGUCGUAUUAAUCCACAUUGGGAUGAUGAACGUAUCUAUCAGGAAGCACGUCAUAUAAUGGCUGCAACUGUACAACAUAUUGCAUUCAAUGAAUGGCUACCGAUUGUUAUCGGUGAUAAUAUGAUGGAACAACAUAAUCUAAAAUUAGUAGAAGAGGGUGGCUAUUGGAAUGGUUAUGAUCCACAUGCACAUACAUCACCAUCACAAGCAUUCACUACAUCAGCUUUUCGUUUUGGUCAUACAUUUAUACAGGGUAAAGUAAUGCGUUUUGAUAAUAAUCAUAAAAUGAUUGCACAACAUAGCUUAAGAAAUUUAUUACGACGACCAUAUAUUGUUUAUCGACCGGGUAUGAUUGAUGAAUUAACCAUGGGUUUAGUUGAUACACCGGCACAAAGUUAUGAUUCAUUUAUUACAAAAGAAGUAUCUGGUCAUCUAUUUCAAGAAGAGGAUGAUUUCGCUGGUAUGGAUUUACCGAUGUUAAAUUUAUUACGUGCACGUGAACAAGGUGUACCCGGUUAUAAUUUCUAUCGUGAAUGGUGUGGACUUCAACGUGCCGAAUCAUUUGAAGAUCUUAUACCAAUGGUCGGUAAUCGUACGGCACAAAUGUAUAGUGAACUUUAUGCACAUCCCGAUGAUAUUGAUUUAUGGAGUGGUGGUGUUUCAGAAUUUCCAAUGCCUGAUGCAUUAGUUGGUCCAACAUUUGGCUGUAUUAUUGCUAGAAAUUUUGCUAAUAUUCGUAAAGGUGAUAGAUUUUGGUAUGAAAAUCCAGGUAUGCCAUCAUCAUUUACACCUGGUCAAUUAGCACAGAUAAAAAAAUCAAGCCAAGCACGUAUUAUUUGUGCUAAUGGUGAUAAUAUAACAACAAUUCAACGAUGGGCAUUACGACGACCACAUGAAAUAUUCAAUCCACGUUUACGAUGUAAUGAAAUUCCUGACCUCGAUUAUAAUUAUUGGCGUGAAAAUCCAAAUACUGGCCUUUGGAUGUUGAAUGGUUAACAUCCA